AUGUACGGUAUGUACAACCAGCGCUCGCCCAUCAGCUUGCCUCCCCACGUAGUAGUACGACUACGACUAGGAAAUGGCCGUCACGAUGGACUUUCAUCGGCUCCUGCUUCCUGCUUGGCAGUCCAGACCCCGAUCGAGCCUACCCCUGCCCGGACCCGAUGCAGCAGCGAUCGACGCCUGGAUGCUGCCGGGCGGGCGGGCGCGAGACGAGAGAGGCUACCUGUGCGGUGGUUGGUGGCCUGGAUGGACACUUUGGGACCGGAAGUAGCGAGCGCAUCGUCGGGGAAAGAGAGAGGGCGGAGAAGGAAAGGAGGAGAGGGCGAAGAGACGAAGAAGAAAAGAAGGAGAAGUGAACAAGAAGAACAAGAAGAAGAAGAAGAAGAAGAGGAGAAAAGAUAUAUGGGGACGUCCCGUCCCGACCAGGACACCAGGUCCUCGGGCGCAAACAACACGUCACGCGCGCGAGUAAACCCCGUCCAGACAGGACGAGCAACCGCACCAGACUAA